CUUUUUCUAAAGUAUGGAGAAAGAGACGAUCGAGAUUGGUAUUAUUGGUGCUGGUGGCAUGGGACGCUUUUAUGCCCAUCGCAUCUCAAAAGCGGGUUGGAAAAAUGUCAAUAUCUGUGAUUUGCCUGAAAAGUUUGAAUCUGUCAAAAAAGAUUUCGAAGGUACAAGCAUUAAAGUAUGGCGUGAUGGUUUUGAUAUUUCAAGAAGAUGCGAUUGGAUCAUGUAUGCAGUGGAAGCAGAAUACAUUGAAUCUGUUGUCAAGACAUUUGGUCCUGCUACCAAAAUAGGUGCUAUUGUAGGCGGACAGACAUCUGUAAAAUUACCUGAAGUACGUGCCCUGGAGAUGUAUUUACCUGAUGAUGCACAUAUUAUUUCAUGCCAUUCCAUGCAUGGUCCUGGUGUUGAUCCAACAGGGCAACCUUUGAUUAUCAUUCCACACAGAGCUUCAGACGAUAAAUUAGCCCUGGCUGUGCGUAUCCUCUCUUGUUUUGAUUCCAACAUAGCUCAUUUGAGUGCAGAAGAACAUGAUCGUAUUACAGCAGAUACACAAGCAGUAACCCAUGCAGCCUUUUUAACAAUGGGUAGUGCAUGGAAAGCCAAUGCUCAAUUCCCUUGGCUAUUACCUCAUUUUGUAGGUGGUAUUGAAAAUGUCAAGAUCAAUGUCGCCAUGCGUAUCUAUAGUAACAAAUGGCACGUCUAUGCUGGUUUAGCUAUCAUGAAUCCUACAGCCAAAGUCCAAAUCACACAAUAUGCCCUAAGUGUAGCAGAUCUAUUUAAACUGAUGAUUCAAGAAAAAGAACAAGAAUUUCGUGCCAGAGUCAAAGCUGCAGGUGAAUAUGUGUUUGGUGGUCUUCAAAAGGACCAUGUCCCUAUCUUAUUAGAUGAUGCCAUCCUAGAUGAAUUCUCACUCUCUAAAAUACCUAAACAAAACAAGACACCUAACUCUCAUUUAUCCUUGUUGGCCAUGGUUGAUUGUUGGCAUAAAUUAGGCUUAAAUCCCUAUGAACAUAUGGUGUGCCAAACACCUUUAUUUAGAAUAUGGAUGGGUAUCACUGAAUAUCUGUUUCGUCAUCCUGCCAUGUUGGAUGAUGCUAUUCAUGCUGCUUUGUAUCGUAAAGAUAUUCGCCCUGAUGAUAUGGAAUUUGUGACUUGUGCUAGAGGUUGGGCAGAAACAGUCUCUUUAGGCAGUAUGGAAGGAUAUCAAAAGCGAUUUGAAGAAACAGCAGAUUAUUUUAGAGAUGAUUUUGCACAAAAUACAGUGAUUGGUAAUAAGAUGGUUGCCAUGAUUAGUAAGCAUCUUAUGUGCACUCAAUAACAAUAAUAAUAAUAAUAAA